CCUACAUGUCGGUUUUUUAUAGGACCUAAACAACGGGCUGUAUGAAAGUUAUUAUUUUAAUUUUAUUGGUGCCAUUAGCCGACCUGCUUUGGAGGAUUUAGCUGCAGUUGCGGUCAAGACUGAUACCGUUUCCAAGAUACAGAAGGUCGUUGAUCAAUACCUGUCAUUCAUUUGUCUCGAAGAUGAUCUGUUUACAUUGAGACGGUAUUCAAAUGAUACAAUCAAUCGUGCUGAUAUGGAGAACGAUGAAAUGAACCGAAUUAUUGACAGCAUUGUAGAUGGACUGUAUUCGGUAUGUGUUACCCUUUGCUCAGUGCCCAUAAUUCGUUGCCCAAGAAACAAUGCUGCGGAACUAGUCGCCGAAGUAAGCUGAUA